CUCAACUUUUUUGACUAUGUAGAGUUGUCAGAACUUCAAUAUUGUUGAUAUUGACGCAGAUCGUGUGCUUUUUGUAGAACAUCCUGUGACUUUGAACGUAUGGAAACUACGACUCAGAAUUCAACGCUGUGGGUUUCACCAGGGGACUUCCAAAUAAAGAAUCAGAAGUAACCACCCUCUCGAGGGUCCAGGAUCACAUACAAGAAGUACAUCACUUCCUGUGUUCAAGUGGUGUGGCUGCGCCUUUCAACUUUACUAGUGAAAGCAGUGCGCUCCAGUGAUAGCUGGUGGACGACGUCGAUCAGUAUUGGAGGGAAACCUAUUACUCUGACCUCCUUCCAGGGGUUAAGUGGCCCUACACUUAUACGCUGAAGAAAUGGGAAAAUCGCUCUAGUGUCUUGCAGCUCCCCUGGCCAGUGACCAGAGUAGACAGCUUGAGCCAUCAGCUCCAGCAGAUUGUCUAACUUGCGGUGGAGAUGAACAUGGGACUUUAACAUGGACCAGCUUGAACAUGCCCAGAAAAAGACACUUGUCCCCGUGAGCUGCACCUCCUCUCCUCAGAGGGACCGUGAUAGAUAAUCAUCAGAGUGAAACUGGAAUGGAUGUAAAUGAACAGUAAACAAAUCACCCCAACUGGGAACUAUUGAAAUCCUUGGAAGUUCUUGCCCAGCCCGCAAAACCGCAAAAUUAAUGUUUUCACAUUAAUUGAGGUACACUACAUCAAUAUUUUGGAACACUUUAUCAGAACAUUCCCUCCUCAAGUGCCUUUUUGUAUCUGGUGUUUCCGGUCUUUUGUUCCUAUCCAGUCUGAUGAAGAGCACAUAGCUCGAAAAUAAAACAAAAAGAAAAACGGGUGUGCGGACGUUCCAUCUUUUCAUAUUUUCAUCGUGUCUCACCUUUUGUCCUGCACCUGCACUGCGUCUUGGAUGUGCGCACCUGUCUACCUCACUUUUGUUCCUGCCAUCUGGAAGGGUCACAUUCCAACACAAGUGACUUGCCCACCAUACCAGUUCACCAGCGUCUGUUACUUCAUUGUGUGUACAUCGCCACACUCCCCACAGAUCACUCUCUGAUACAGAGAGCAUUCGCAGAUUUAUUUUUUUGUUUUUAAACUUUUUUACCUAUAUAAACCUAUUUUUUUAAAACAUCAAGUGAUUCUUGUAGUUUGCAUGCUGAACUUCGUGGCCAUGGAUUUCCCAGCGGGUAUAGAGCUUCUCUCGGAGGUAUGAGAGACCGCCACAGAAGAGGAGCACGUUGCUGUCACUGCUAAGCCAUUCCUCCUCUCCCUCCUCCUCCUCCUCCUCCUCCACUUGCCACCCUCACUGAAAUCUAAGUGUCCAAGCGAGACGAGACAAAGCGUUGAGCUAAGAGCGCACGCCCGCCUGCUUGCCUCGCCUCGCCUCGCCUGCCUGCCUGGCCGGCCUGCCUGCCUGGCCUGCCUGGCCGGCCUAGCUGGCUGCGUAACCCAGUCGUCUCCUGCUGUAGUCGGCGGUGGCCAUGUUUAAGCUACAGUCCAAAUGGCGCUACCUGGUGAUGUUCCUGGGCGUGCAGCUGGUGGUCAUGGCGUUGCUGUCGCAGCGGGACGGCUACCAGCGCCGCGUCUCCUACUUUUUCCGCAUCUUCCGCAGGACGGACCACGGCGGCACCACCGCCUCGGCCCACGGUGCCAACUUGCGCGGCCGCAAUGCCACCCUGACGGGAGGGGACAUUUACUCCAACCUGUCCAUACUGGCACGUAACCUCGCCAAGGAGGAGCUCCCUCUCUGCCCCAAAAAGUCACCCCUCAUAGGUGGGCCGUUCCAUGUCACCUUCCCCUCUGGCCUGACGCUGGGCCAGGUGGAGCAUAGGAACCCCCUGGUGACACGGGGCGGUCGCUACAGGCCCCCCAACUGCCAGGCCAGGCACCGCACCGCCAUCAUCAUUCCCCACAGGAACCGGGAACACCACCUCAAGUUCCUGCUCUACUACCUGCACCCCUUCCUGCAGAGGCAGCAGCUAGAGUAUGGCAUCUAUAUCAUACAGCAGCAAGGCGACUACACGUUUAACCGGGCCAAGCUGAUGAACGUUGGGUUCCGGGAGGCGAUGCGAGAAGAGGAGUGGGACUGCCUCUUCUUCCACGACGUGGACCUGAUCCCAGAGGACGACCGCAACUCCUACACCUGCGAUCUCUUCCCCAAGCACGCAGCCAUCGCCAUGGACAAGUUUGGAUACAAGCUGCCAUAUAAGAUGUAUUUCGGGGGGGUCUCGGCCCUGAGUCCCCUGCAGUACCUCAAGAUGAAUGGUUUCCCCAACAACUACUGGGGCUGGGGUGGCGAGGACGACGACAUCGGGAUCAGGGUGUCUCUGGGCGGCAUGGCAAUCUCUCGGCCGUCGCUCAACAUCGGGCGCUACAGGAUGAUCAAGCAUAAACUGGACGAAGGCAACGAGAGGAAUCCAGAGAGGUUCAACAUGUUGGCCAAGACGCGGGAGACUUGGAAGCAAGAUGGCAUGAACUCUCUGGAGUAUGAUCUGAUCUCCCGGGUCUACCUGCCCCUCUACACCAACAUCACAGUCAACAUCGGCACAGAGGAGGGCCUUCACCCACUCCCCAAAGCCGACGACGGUGAGGCCAAAGCAGAGGACAACGCAGUGCCGAAUCUGUGAGGACACGUGUGUGUUUAUGGUGAAGAGAACAAAAAACAAUGGUGGUGUGGGUGGGGGUCUAGAGGUAGACACACCCUCCCUCCCCAACAGCCUGGAACUAAAUGGAUGUCAUCAUACUCUAUUGGCUCCCACAUUCCGUGGACCUCUGGCAGUGCCAUUUGGGGACCAAUCUUUUUUUUUUUCACGCUACUGCCUUUUUUCCAUCCCAUUCCCCCCACAACCUCUGAACUGCAUUGAGACUGCAGCAUUCUGCCAUGUUCCCCAGUAGUGACUAUGACACGAGGAUUGGCACUGGGGGGUGAGGGGGAUAUAAAUAUAUGAAAAUAUGUCUAUUUUUUUUCAGGCUCAUUUUCUGGUGCACAUAUUCUCUUCUCAAACAGAGGAAGACUGUGGUGGUGAAACUAAAAAAAGAAAUUAGACCAUUGAAUGUAUCUAUUGGUGUGUGAUUUACAACAACGUCAUUGUCCCUGCCCCACCCCACCCCCUUCGCUCCAUCACCCACCCAGCUCCCCAUCGGCACAUGACAUUUGACCGUUUGUUUGCUGUCAAAAGAAGCGACCUGGGGUGCAUUUCUCGAGGACAAUGUUAGCCUGUUAGCAACUUCUGUAGUGGCCAAUGGGAAAAUGCAUUGAAAACAACAAAGUAGCUAAUGUAGUAAGCAACUUUGGUUUGGAGAAAUGCACCCAUGGGUUGUGUCAGCAGGGAGAUACGAUUUCAACUUUCUUUUCUUUGAAAAAUUCAAAAACCUGUGGCCUUAGCAUACUGAUGUAUUUUUUUCAGUUAUACAUUCUGUGCGUCGCUGUGUUUGUGCGUGCGUGCGUGUAUGUGAGUGCGUGUGUGUAUGUGUACACACACGUGGGCCUGGGUGUGGUGGUUGCAUGCAGUCAUUUGUGUGAGUGUACAUUUGCUUGCCUAAAAAAUGUUUCCAUACAAGUUAAAAUAACCCUAUGAAACACAGUUCAGAAGUGUGAUUAGUGGGAAGGCUGCAUCAUCACCGGUAGCCAGGACGCGCCCUCCUAGUGACGCAACACUUUCUGCCUUGCUUCUAGUCAGGCCAAGAGCAAUGUAAAUAUCGCUUCUGAUCUCCAGAAAAAUCGGGAACUCCUCCCACUUUGUCGAAAACCAGUAGCAAACCUAGCGAGGCGGGUCAACCAUGCCAUUUGGGAAACGUUAAUUGUUAUGUUCUUGGUCAGACCAAGUCUCGAAGAGAUUUGAAAAUCGAUGAUAAUCAGGCUACAUCACCAGUCCCUAUGGUGAGUCUGGGGAUUGAAAGGAGACAAGG